AUGCUUCACACGGCAACGAAAGUGGAACAAGUGGGAUCUUCAAGCUUUCCAGUUCACUCCAAAUGGCACCACGUGGAGAUAGUGACGUGCGUGACCGGCGGCAAAGAUGUGGUCGUUGCAGAUUUUCCAAUGUAUCGGCUUUUUCGCGCCACAACUCCGCUUCCAAUUCUGCACAAUGUUUGUGAAGAUGUGAAAUGGGAGGGCAUCGAUUUUCGCCUUCGCAAAUACGAGCAGUUCUUCCGCGAGCUUGUGCGUGCAAACAGCCGAAAGGACAUCCUUUACAUGGUAGUGGAUGGCCUGGAUGUGUUCUUCAACGACGUCAGCCAGGUUGCAAGCCCUCGAACACCGACCGAGGCUGUUGCCAAAGAAGACCUUGCUGGUGUGACAGGACGGCUUAUUGCUGAGCGGUAUGAGGCUCUUGCAAGUGGCCCAGCUCCUCGUGCAAUCAUCAUGUCCACAGAGCGACUUUGCGGCUGGGGUGGUGCCAAGUUCUGCUCCAUAGAGGACGAAGCCAGAUACCCGGAGGCUCCUACUGACUCCAAAUACCUCAAUGCUGGAGGAUACAUUGGGCCUGCAGAGGCUUUGCAGGACAUGAUCUCUGCUGUGCUGCGUAUGAAGAGCACAGCGACUGGAGAGCACCGCCAGAAAGGUCAGCUGUCAGACCAGUAUUUCUUCAAGUUGUACUUCUGGGACCACCAGGACAAAAUCGCCUUGGACUACCACCAGUUGAUCUUUGGGAAUUUUCUUGAGAUUGCCAACCGACCAUGUGAGAGUGACUGGGCUCCUGUGUGUGCUGUCAAGCCUUGCUGCACCGAGAGCGACAACUUUCGAAGGUUCCAUCAGCUGUUCUUCAGUCGGUACAAGGUGAAAGGGUGUGCCGUGUGGCGAGAGAACAACUUGCCGAUCUCCUGGCAUGGCAAUGGGGCUGGCAAGUGGCUCUACCUUCUGGCCCUCGACCAAUUGUCCCUGCGAUGCGGCCCUGCUGCCAAUGUGACCAGGGCACAAAUGCCAGAGCAGAUGAUGGCCGACCUGUUUGAGAAGUAUGACAGCCGGUCCCAGAACGAAGGCAGCAACUGGCCUGGAGGUUUCCUCACAAGUGUCAGCAGUCACUUCAUCGAGGAGUCAGGUGGGAGUGAGCUUCCGGCCGAAUGUAGCUGA